AUGCCGCUGGGCCGUCGCCAGGAUGGACUUUCAGUCCGGAAGCGCGGAUCGCCGCAAGUGGUCGUUGGUUCCCAUCCAUUCCCGUUCGGUUCGGUGUGGUUCGGUUCGCGUGCAGAGUGCCUUGGCGUGGCUCUAAUGGAUCGUGAAGCAACGGCAGCACCAGGUCACCCGUUGCAGGAACAUGGCACGGAUUCAACGCCAACCACGGAUGGAGAGCUCGCGGCAGAACGACGCCGAUCUCCCAGGGGUCGUUGUGGUAGUCGUCCGAUCGGACCAGUACACCUAGCGCUGGUGAGCGACGACUCACUCGAUGAGGAGAGUGAUGGCACUGACCAGCGGCCACCAUCGGUUCGGGGUCGUUCGACAUCCCCACGGCCUCAAACACCGGCCAGUGAUGUGCCAGAUCCGCUACUGCGCUACGUCCGGCUCCAGGAAGAGCAUGUCGAGGCGUCUGUCGUGGUGCUGAGGAAUGGCAUCGGACCGGAAGCCGCGACGAGUGCGGCCUCACUUGAGCUACUGCCCAAGGGUGGUGGGAAAUUGACUUUUAAUCUGACCCCGGAGCAGCUGUGCCUGCGAAGUGGGUCUAUCGAACGUGCGCACCAUCGAUGCUCUGGUGGGCUUUCGCUGGAUAAACCAAACUCAAUCACGAGCAGUCCCGUUCUGGGUGAUGGUAGCCCGCGAAAGAGCAGCCUUCGACGAGGCUCUGCGUACAGUAAUCAAUCGGAACUGGAAAAACAGUUCCCAAUCGAGCAGCAGCCAGUUUCCAGCCCAGUGAAGUUGGUGAUCGCGUUGAAGCCGCCUGAGAAGGCUCACUCGGAAGAAGCUGAACCGAGUGGCCAUUCUCGAGACCAUCAACGGGUGCAGCAUAAAUUCGACGAGAUAUCCACCAUCUACGACCACUUUCCCACCGAGUUCCUGCCCGAGAAGCUGCUGUGCGGCUUAUGCCAAAAGCUGCUCCGGGAGCCACGUGUGCUCGAAUGUCUGCACACGUUUUGCCGGCCGUGCCUGGAGCGAGCGGUGUCGACGGUCACGCACGGUCAGGACAGUGCCCUGUUCUGGCAUCGUGUCAGCGAGAGCGCCAGCUUCGAGUGGGACACCCUGCAGACUGGCGAGCGGUCAGAUGAAGCGACACAGGACACGGGAGCGUUAAAUAAUAAUGCCCCUGCAGUGGCUCCGUCGGCUGGAGAGUCACGUUUCGACCAGCUGCGCGCCUCCUUCCAGAGCUUUCGGGAGCAACACUGUACGCGGUCACCGGUCCGGCUGGAAAAGGGCAAGGACAAAGUUAAGGCCAAGGUAAUGUAUGGUGACAAGGAAAAAGUUCUCGUCUGUCCCACCUGUAACCACGCGACGGAGCUACCGGUGAGCCCGGGUGGCGUCAGCCAGCUGCCGCAGCACUUUGUGCUGGCGAGGAAAAUCGAGAACAUCAUUUUCCAGUAUGGCUCCUCGCCGGCAGGUUCCGGCCUCGGGUCACCCGUCGGUUGCGCGUCGUACGACUCGAUGGCGCUGUGUGAGUUAUGCUCCGAUGAGGUUACGGCGACGGUGGCGUGUCAAACGUGUGCCCUAAAACUGUGCAACUUUUGCCGGGAAGCCCACAAGCGGCAGCGUGGCACAGCCGCGCACGGUAUCGUCCGGCUCGGGGAGUUGAUGCUGAAACGGUGGCCCCGAAGGACCAUCCCAGGGGAGUCCGAAUCGGUGGCACGCUCGAUUAAGUGCCCGCUACAUCCGGAGCAUCAAUUAAAGCUGUUCUGCACCACGUGCCAUCAGGUGAUCUGCGGCGAAUGCAGCACGCUGCUACAUCGGGACCACCGUUGCACGACCGUGGCCCGGGCCAGUAAGGUGUACGGUCGGUUUGUGCGGAGUGCUAUCGAGCAGACGCGGCCCCUGGAGGACUUUGCGCUGCAGUCUGUGGGCCGGUUGAACGAUCUGACCGUGCGGAUCAACAGCCGCUGUGAGGCUGUCCAGCGUGAAGUGGACGCGUUCGUGGAUGAGUACGUGGCUGCCCUCGAGGAGCAUCGGCGGACGCUUGCGGCCCAGAUCGGUGACAUCCGGCAAGCGAAGAUGGAGAUGGUUAUGGCGCAGAAGCUGGAUCUUGAGCGUAGAUCGCAACAUGCCAGCGCCGCGAUUGAGUUCGCCGAAGAGCUGCUAUCCGAGGGAAGUGAUGUUGAAAAUCUGCUGUUUGUAAGCGUUCUGUUGAAGCGAUUUGAGCAGUGUCUCAAACCGUCUCGGGCACUCGAUAGCACCGUCACGGACACAAUUCAGUUCCUGGCGGAUGAGGAAGCACCCAGUGCUCGGGUACAGACUGGUGUACCCUUGUUCGGAAUCGUUACCACGCAGAAAGCAGACCCGCGACAGAGUGGCAUCGAACACGCGGCUGGUGAGCUGGCCACGUUGAAGGCUCAUAAGCGCGUCCAGUUAACGCUGGUGGUGCGGGACUACGAGGGUCGACGGCUGGCCCACGGAGGGAUCACGGUUCAGACGGAUCUACGAUACCGGGACGAUGAGGAUCACUCGGUGGCGAUGUCUAUCUGUGACAACCGAGACGGAUCGUACGCGAUCUCGUUCAUGCCGACUCGCCCGGGCGUGAUGCAUCUCAUGUUGUUCGUCGACGGGAAGCUACUUGAGGAGUGCCCAGUAGUGUUGCGUAUUCACAAGCUAAGGCCACAUUACGGCGUGUACCACUGUUGCACGUUCUGCUCGAGUAGUGGCUCGAAAGUGAGUACGUGCGCUUGUGGACAUAUUAUGCCGGGAGGCUACCGAGGCUGUGGACAUGGACAUGCGGGUCAUCCUGGACGACGACACUGGUCUUGCUGUGGGAGUCUGCUGGAGCAUUCGGACUGUACAGCAGCUGCUGGUCGAGAUAAAAAUCGGGCUAACUGA